AUGGAUGCCCUCGCACUUGAGGCUGCUAUUGGUAAAAAGCCGGCUAACGGGGCAGUGGCUGCACCGGUACUGGCCCCGGCGCCGGUCAAACGCAAACCUGCUAAAAAAGCUAAAAAGGCUGUUGUUUUCUUUGAGGUGGAGAUACUUGAUGCCAAGACCAAGGACAAGCUCUGCUUCUUGGACAAGGUGGAACCAAAUGCCACCAUUGGGGAGAUCAAGUCCAUGUUCCACAAGAGCCAUCCUCAGUGGUACCCAGCCAGACAAUCCAUUCGUCUGGACCCGAAGGGGAAAUCUCUAAAGGAUGAAGAUGUUCUGCAACAGCUUCCAGUGGGAACCACAGCAACAUUUUAUUUCCGAGACCUGGGGGCUCAAAUAAGCUGGGUCACGGUCUUCCUGACAGAGUACACUGGACCUCUUGUCAUUUACCUGAUGUUCUACUUCAGGGUCCCCUUCAUCUAUGCUCCCAAAUAUGAUUUUACCACCAGUAAACACUGGGUCGUGCAUCUGGCCUGCAUGUGCCACUCUUUCCACUACGUCAAGAGACUGUUGGAGACACUGUUUGUCCAUCGCUUCUCUCAUGGAACCAUGCCACUACGCAACAUCUUUAAGAAUUGUACAUACUAUUGGGGCUUUGCAGCAUGGAUGGCGUAUUACAUCAAUCACCCGCUAUAUACGCCACCAAUUUAUGGAGAGCAACAGAUCAGACUGGGCCUCAUCUUAUUCCUAUUUGGUCAAAUUGGGAACUUUUCCAUCCACAUCGCACUGCGCAACCUCCGUCCGCCAGGCUCCAAGACCAGGAAGAUACCCUACCCAACAAAGAAUCCCUUCACCUGGAUCUUCCUACUGGUCUCCUGUCCCAACUACACUUAUGAGCUGGGCUCUUGGCUAGGCUUCAUGGUGAUGACUCAGUGUCUUCCUGUGGCCUUCUUCACUUUGGUGGGUUUCAUUCAGAUGACCGUUUGGGCCAAGGGAAAGCAUCGCAGCUACCUAAAGGAAUUCCGUGAUUACCCUCCUCUCCGAUCACCCAUCCUGCCCUUUGUCCUGUAG